CUUAUCCACCUUUGAAAAUUGAUAACGAUGCGAAUUUCGUUACAGACGUAAUGGGUCCAAUUACACCUGCGAGUUUUCCCAAAGGUCAUCAGUACAUUUCUGUGUUCAUGGACCACUUUUCAAGGAGCAGUAGAAAUUUGCUGGGCUAUGAUGCGAUGGUGUGUUAUCUCAGGACCGAUCAAGGAACCGAAUAUACGGGUGGAUACGCGGUAGAGGUGCUUCAGAAAUUAGGUGCGGAACUGCAGCUAAUUUCUGAAGUCCUGGCCCCACAGGAUACGCCAGAACAUAACGGAAUAUUCAGCUCACUUUUGCUGUCAAGUGAAUGCAAUUCCUUAUUGACUUCUUGUUCAUUAAGUUUUUCAAGACAAGAUUCUGUAUAAGAGUCACUCAAACUUUUAUGGUCUGACGUCUUAUUUGGUACAUAUUUU